CAUCUGCUCGGGUUUCUCCAGCACAGCAGACCAGCUCUCCCCACUGCCACUCUCUCUAACUCUCACUCUUUUACUUGUAGCUACUCUACAUCAGAAACAUGUCUUACUCUAACAGGAAAACAACUUACACUGUGAAGUCCUCCUCCUCAGGGACUGCACCACGCAGCUUUAGCAGCCUCUCCUACUCGGGGCCCAGCGUGGCCCGACAGAGCUACUCUGUACGCAGUUCCUAUGGAGGAGUCAACCGUGGCAUGGGGGGCGGCAGCUUCAUCAGCAGUUCUUCAGCCUACGGAGGUGGCAUGGGUCUGGGAAUGGGUGUAGGAAUGGGUGGUGGGGCCGUGGCACCCAUCACAGCUGUGUCGGUCAACAAGAGCCUUCUGGCUCCCCUGAAUCUGGAAAUCGACCCAAACAUCCAGGUCAUCCGCACACAGGAGAAAGAGCAGAUCAAAACCCUCAACAACCGUUUUGCUUCCUUCAUUGAUAAGGUUCGCUUCUUGGAGCAGCAGAACAAGAUGCUGGAGACCAAAUGGAACCUCCUCCAGGGCCAGACCACCACCCAUUCCAACAUUGAUGCCAUGUUUGAGGCAUACAUUGCCAACCUGCGCAGACAGCUUGACAGUCUGGGAAAUGAUAAGAUGAGGCUAGAGGCUGAUCUGCACAACAUGCAGGGCCUGGUUGAGGACUUCAAGAACAAGUAUGAAGAUGAAAUUUACAAGAGGACAGAGGCUGAGAAUGAGUUUGUCCUCAUCAAGAAGGAUGUUGAUGAAGCUUACAUGAAUAAGGUUGAGCUUGAGGCUAAGCUGGAGAGUCUUACAGAUGAGAUUAACUUCCUGAGACAGAUCUAUGAAGAGGAAAUCCAUGAGCUGCAGUCUCAGAUCAAGGACACCUCAGUGGUGGUGGAAAUGGACAACAGCAGAAAGCUGGAUAUGGACGCCAUCGUGGCUGAGGUCCGUGCUCAGUACGAAGACAUUGCCAACCGCAGCCGUGCUGAGGCCGAAACAUGGUACAAAACUAAGUAUGAUGAGAUGCAGACAUCUGCCAGCAAGUACGGAGAUGACCUUCGAUCAUCUAAGACAGAGAUCGCUGAUCUCAACCGCAUGAUCCAGAGACUGCAGGCUGAGAUUGAUGCAGUAAAGGGACAGCGCGCCAAUCUGGAGAACCAAAUCGCAGAGGCUGAAGAACGUGGGGAAAUGGCAGUGAGGGACGCAAAGUCACGUAUUAAGGAUCUGGAGGAGGCUUUGCAGAGAGCCAAGCAGGACAUGGCACGCCAGAUCAGAGAGUACCAGGAUCUGAUGAAUGUUAAACUGGCCCUGGAUAUUGAAAUUGCCACCUACAGAAAACUCCUGGAAGGGGAGGAAGACAGACUUGCAAGUGGAAUCAAGUCUAUCAACAUUUCCAAACAAAGCUCAAGCUAUAGCUCCUUCCCAAUGGAAAGUGCUGGUAGUCUCUACAGUAGCUACUCCAGUGGUUACUCUGGUGGUUACUCCUCUGGUUAUGGUGGCGGUUUCAACGACAGCAGCAUCACCCAGAGCAAGAAGAGUGUCGUCAUCAAGAUGAUUGAAACCAAGGAUGGCAAAGUUGUGUCCGAGUCUUCUGAAGUUGUCCAGGAUUGAGCAGAGAGCACACAUUCCUUUUCUAACCCCCCUAUCCUUUGUAUCAGUUUCUAAUUCUCUUUCUAAACCAGUAAUAUAGAUGUCCGAAGUAACCAUUCCCAGAGAAAUGCAGUCAUAAACCAGGCUGUAAAGCAAUAAAGCCUUUGCUCUGACCAAAGGGUUGCAAGGGACCAAACAAUAUCUUCUCACAGUGUGCCUUAUGCUUGUUUUCUCAUUCUGCACUAAACUGAAUGCUCCCAGUAGGCUUCACACAAGCUGUACUUUCUUGCACAUUAUGUCCUCCAAGCUACAUCAGCAAGCUGGAGAAUGCUAGAUCUGCCACAGACAUGAGCCUCUUCCUGUUACUGUAUUCACUGCACUGUUACAGUAUUCAGGAUCGAUUAUGAAGGGUUAUGUUAAAAAAAAGCCAUGUUUGUGGCAGAUCUGUUUUGCCUGCUCUGUAGAAAUGGUCUUCCCCAUUGUAUCCUAUCUGAUGCAAACGGAAAUGUCCGCCGAGUUCUACAAGGUGCUGUUUUUUACUGCUACCAGCAAUAAAGUGUUUACUUAAAGUGCCUUUAA